UCGGAGUCACCACUGAUGUGUGAGGUCCCGGCAGCCCAGCAGGGCGGCGCCAGCGGCAGCUCGGGGGGCAGCCUGGGGAGCUCCAUAACGGCCUGUAAGAAGGUGCUGCGCAGCGACAGCCUGCUCGAGUCCACAGACUACUGGCUGCAGAACCGGCGGGCGCCCUGCCAGGUGGGCUUCGUGGAGGACAAGUCCGAGGGCUCGGCCUGCGCCUCCGUCUGCUUUGUGAACCUGGACGUGAGCAGGGAUGAGUGCAGCACCGAGCGCCUGCAGCAGAAAUUGGUCAACGUUUCACCAGAUCUCCCCAAACUUAUCAGCUCCAUGAAUGUCCAAAAACCAAAAGAAAAUGAAAUUGUCCUCCUCAGUGGGUUAACAUCUGGAAAUCUGCAGGCAGAUUUUAAAGUUUCUCAGUGUCCCCGGCGGCCGGACGUGUGCCUGGUGCAGUGCGCGAGGGGGGACAGGCCCCCCAGCGCCAACUGCGUCAUCUUUGAGAUCAACAAGUUCCUGAUCGGCCUGGAGCUGGUGCGGGAGCGGCAGGUGCGCCCGGACACGCGCGUCCUGACGGUGGAAGAUGACACGAACUGCUCGCUGUCCUCCAUCGAGGACGACUUCCUCACGGCGUCAGAGCACUGGGAGGAGGAGAGCGAGGAGGAGCGCAGGCACGGUUAUGAGAAUAUAAAUGUUCCAGCCAAUGCUAUGGAAAGUAAAAAGCCAAAGGAAGUUCCUCAGGAGGAAUGGAAUUACAAUAAGGAAAAGUCGCUUUACAAUUUGGAAGACAAAUACAUUAGCAAAUAUCACACGCCGUUGACUGAAACAGAAGGAUCUCUGGCAAAAGUAGUGGAAGACACGGCUUUGCGGAGUCGAGAUCCACCAGCUAAGCUAUCGGAGCGGGAAGCUGAAGCUGCGGGGGAUGAGCAGGCAGCCUCAGGUCAUUAUUAUUCAGAAAAGGGUAAAGGUCCAGUGGAAGAACGGCAGGCACUGUGUAUUCCAGGCAAUGCUUAUUCCUCCAGGGUGGUUCCGGAAGAGGGACCUUCUGCCUGUGGUGCUGUAGGGGAGCAGGGCCGCGGCUCAGACCCAGGAGAGCAUGAAGGUGGAACAAACUCUCUUCCUCCCACGCAAGAUGGAGAAGCCACCACUGGCGAGUAUGCUACGAAUUUAGCAGAAUCCGUGCUGCAAGAUGCCUUCAUUAGAUUGUCUCAGUCUCAGCCUACACUACCCCAGGAGUCUGCGGCCAGUGUCCCUGUAGGAAGCGCUCUGCUCCCCAGUGGCUGUUCCACGAAAGAUACCAUGGUCCCUCAGCCGUGGAAUGAGCUCCCCAAAAUCGUCAUUGUUCAGAGUCCCGAUGGUAGUAACGCUGCCCCUGAGCCAGACAUGUCCUCAUGGCCGGAGAUGGAAGUCUCUUUUGAAACCUCAGGCAUCCCCUCUGGAGAGAAUGCCAGCAGACAUCCCCAGAGUGCUCUAGAAGUAGCGUUAGCUUGUGCAGCCACUGUGAUUGGAACUAUUUCCAGUCCACAGGCCACAGAAAGACUGAAAAUAGAGCAAGAAUCCCUUCUUUCAAAGCGUCCACUGGGAGGCAGUGAGCCACUGCAGACUCAAGCGUCCCAAAUACUCAAGGAGCCUUCCAUCGGUGAAUACUCUUUCCCAUCUGCUUUGUGUGGCAUGACUCAGGUGGCCAGUGCCGUGGCUGUCUGUGGCCUGGGUGAAACAGGAGAAGAGAAGCACCCUGAGGCCUCAAGUGGAGUCUUGUCUGCAGCUGUGUCUCCUGUAGCAAUCUCCCCACUUUUUAAUUUAGCAGCAGGGAGGGGCAUGGAGCUGGGAAAUGAAGCCAUCGCAGAGGCAUUGGUCAAAGAGGCCACUCUGGUUUUAACAAGGCCUAAUACCUACAGCAGCCUUGGAGACCUCAUGGAAUCAGUGAACAGAAGAAUUAUGGAAACUGCUUCCAAGCCUCAGACGCUGUGCCCAGAAAAUGUCCUUGGAAAUGAGCUGGCACAGGCCCUGUCCAAUGUCAUCCUGAAGCACUGCACUGAUGAAGUUCACCAACCAAGUAAAAGCAUCGGCCCCAAUGGCAGGCAUUCAUCUGAAACUCUGGACGCCUUCAUGGAAAGUACAAGUCAACUGCUCUUUGAUGUGAUAUGCUCCACGUGCAAGAAGAUGAGCCAUAUUGUACAGCACGGUGGCUGUCCCACUAUUCUUUCUAAGGAGACCACUGGAUGGAGGGAGGCAGAACCAGGCAACCAGCCACCUGAUCAGGCUGCCAGUCAAGCAUGGACAAGAGCCACUGGAUACUCCAGCAGCCAUCCACUUAUUAAUCCACGUAGCACUAGUCUUGUUAUCAAUGACCUUGUAGAUGACAUGCUUCCAAAGCAAGGCAGCAAUGACUCAGCAAUGCCAGGUGUCUUCCAGAACCCCAUACCCCAAUCUGAAUUGUCUUGUAGUCCCAGAGUGCCUGAUUCUUCUACUGCUAAAAUAUUCCCCAAGGAAAUAUAUCUGAAAGGAGCCAUGGGAAAGGAUAUAAGAAACCCUCGUCAGACACAGGGUCACGAUGAGAAUGAAUGCAGCACUUCUUCAGAGAGAGAAAGGACACUGGCAGCCACCAAGUACAGCAUCGGUUCCCAGGAUGCUGAGGACAGCUUCAGUCCUAACACCCAAGAGAAGUACAACUGCGCCUCCCUUCUAAACAGUGAAGUUCAAGUUCAUCUGUCUUUGCUAGGGAAUGACUUGCCGCUUCCUGCUCAGUCCAUGCUGCAGGCAAAACACACAGAGGUGUACAGCAUUGCGGACUUUGCUGAAGAAUUAGCAGAGACCAUUGUCUCCAUGGCAACUGAGAUCGCAGCGAUUUGCCUUGAUAACUCAAAUGGAAAACAGCCCUGGUUUUGUGCGUGGAAAAGAGAGAAUGAGUUUCUGCUCACCCCGAACCCAUCCUGCCGAUCCUUGAAGAGGAAGGAGAGUCAGGCCAGUGGGGCCACUGUGAGGAAGCACAAGCCACCCCGGCUCAGCGAGAUCAAGAGGAAAGCGGAUGAGCACCCGGAGCUUAAGGAGAAGCUGAUGAACAGGGUCAUGGACGAGUCAGUGAACCUUGAGGACACCCCAGAUUCUGUCAGUAUCUUUGCAAAUGAAGUGGCAGCCAAGAUCAUGAACCUGACAGAGUUCUCCAUGGUGGACGGAGUCUGGCAGGCCCAGAGCUUUCCCCGGAAUCGGUUACCGAGCGGUGACAGGUGGAACCGGCCGAAGGCCUCCAGCUGUGAAAGCAUCGCCGAGGAGGACUCCAGCGCCAGGGCCUACGCCAGCAGCCUGGGCUUAAUGAGCACCCUGAGUCAGCCAGUGAGCAGGGCCAGCUCUGUGUCCAAGCAGUCGAGCUGCGAGAGCAUCACCGAUGAGUUUUCCAGGUUCAUGGUGAACCAGAUGGAAAAUGAAGGGAGGGGAUUUGAGUUGCUGCUGGAUUACUAUGCAGGCAAGAACGCCAGCAGCAUUGUGAGCUCAGCUAUGCAGCAGGCGUGCAGGAAAAACGGCCACCUCAGUGUAAGGCCAAGCUGCCCCUCCAAGCAGUCCAGCACAGAAAGCAUCACCGAGGAGUUCUACAGGUACAUGCUGCGGGACAUGGAGAGAGAAAGCAGGGGCGACGCCUCCUCCAGGCGAGGCAGCCAGGAUUGGGCCGCUGGCUUAUUGUCACCUUCUCUGCGAUCCCCGCUGUGUUACAGACAGUCAUCUAUGCCAGAUAACCGACCCCUGGGCGCCAGGCUGACGGUGAAUGUGCCAUACAAGGCCAACUCUUUAGAUGGCUUCUCUCAAAACAGCCAGCGAGACUUCCUGAGCGCACAGCCAGUGGGCAGCGCCUCCUCCACGGGGCUCUGCAAGUCCGAUUCCUGCUUGUAUCGCAGAGGUGGCACCGACCACAUCACGGCCAUGUUAAUUCACGAGACUUGGGCAAACUCAAUCGAGGCUCUCAUGCGGAAAAACAAAAUUAUAGCGGAUGAUGCCCAGGCUGAUGCUGAGCCCGUUUCUGGUGGCUGUCCGGGGCAAGUGGACAAGUGCGCAAGCAGAUCAGCUUCAAGCAGAGGGCAGAGUGGGCCAGCUCUUCUUGUCCAGAAGUCUGUUGGUUACCAGAGGAAAGACUCUGUCACCGAAAGCCAACAUCCCCCAGUGCCCUCUCCAAGCAAAGCUGCUCCUCUUUGUUUAGAUCCCGAAAGGGAAACUUCCCUGUGCCGUGAUGGUGUCCCUAUAAGCCACACCAGGCCAUCCCUCUGUUCAAGGGAAGUGCCUUUAAUUCAGAUUGAAACAGAUCAGAGAGAAGCGUGUGUGGACGAACCUGAACACAUCCUUUCCCUAGAAGAAGCAGGGGUACAUUUGAAAGAAGAAGAAGUCCCAGAAGUGGUGAAGGUUGGAGAUGCUGAGAGGAGUGCCUGUCAAAACCGUGGUGACAACCUUGAUGGCAAGGAUGUACCAGAGGCUGAAGUCUCCACAGAAGGCAGAGCCUCCGAUGAGGUCCCCCACCCUCUCUGCAGCAGUGGGGAGAGCACAGACAGCUGGUCCCAGCUGGUCAACGAGGAGGACAACCCAGACGACACAAGUAGCUUUCUGCAGUUCAGUGAGCGAUCCAUGAGCAAUGGCAACAGUAGUGCCACUAGCAGUCUUGGCAUUACGGACCUGGACAUUUAUCAGGAAAGCAUGCCAUCUUCUCCCAUGAUUAACGAACUGGCAGGAGGCGAGGAGGCCCUGGAGGAGCGGCGGGAGAGCAGAGCGGGGCCCGCCUGUGCCGCUGGAGCAGCUGCGGGGACAGCCGGCCGCCCCGGGAGCCUGCUGGUCCUCAACUUCGACCUGGAGCCCGAGUGCCCGGACGCCGAGCUGCGGGCCACCCUGCAGUGGAUCGCGGCCUCCGAGCUCGGGAUCCCCACCAUCUACUUCAAGAAGUCGCAGCAAAGCAGGAUGGAAAAGUUCCUAGAUGUCGUGCGGCUGGUUCACCGGAAGUCCUGGAAAGUGGGGGAUAUCUUCCACGCCGUCGUUCAACACUGCAAAAUACACGAGGAGCAGAAAGACGGGGCCCCGGGUCUCUUUGACUGGCUGUUGGGACUGGGAUAAGGCAGCUAUGCUCUGUGUACAGUAUUUCUUUCCUUUUUUCCAGCAUAGAUUAUAGUGAUUUGUUCUACAUGCUCUGAACUUUCUCAAACUUUGCAUCCCAUUAGCAGAGCUAUAAAAAAUGUGCUGUUCAAGGCUACUGCUCAUGGAGUAAAUCUGAGGAAAAGCAAAAUAUAGAUUCUGUACAAAUCAAUACAACCUGUGGGUGAGUUCAAAAGAGUUUGAAUUAGAGUGGCUGGGAAAACCACUAUGGGCCUCAUAGUAAAAGCUUAUAACUAGGCCCAACCUCUAAAAAAAGCUGCUGUUGCAUAUUUUUAAUAAUGUAAAAUGUGUAAUGUUUCCAAUUAUGUUAAUCAACUGGAAACGAAGUCACUGGUCAAAGUAAUUUUGUAAACUAUGCUGUAAACUUUGUGUUACUUUUUUGAGCAGAUUACAGGGCCAUCAGCCCAGGUAAACACUUAAAAUGUGGACAGGAAGUUUCCAGAACUUUGAUAUAAAAAAUUUCCAUUUUCAGACCAGUAUCAGUGGAUAUUAACAGAAAUGUAAGAGUAUCAUCAGUGUCUUCUACCGAGGUGACUUCAUUUAUUUACUGCAACCCACUAAUAAAUAUCCCACAAGUCCCCAACAUCUAGAUGCCUAACUAACCAGAAAACUAUUGGCUUUCAGCUGAGAGAGAGGAAGGUCAAAGAUUGUCUUAUUUCCAUCUCUGUACUAGUUGGCUAACAUAGUUACAGAAUUCUUACCCUAUGGGCAAGCUUUCUACAAAAAAUAAAAAUAAAUUAAAAAGGAAAGUCUUUUAAGAUUAAAUAUGCUUGUUUAUUAAAUUAUAUAAAAUAUAAACUUUCAUUUUAUUAUUAUUGUAAAUUAUGAAGAGAUUAUCUUAAAUAAUAUAUUGAGUUAUCUUAGAGAGUCCUAAAAUCUAAAGAGAUUGUUGUCUUAAUCACAUAUUGAUGUGGAGCUCAGUGGUUAUAUAAUAAAUGUGCUGGUACCCAAAUGGCAGACCUGCUACUAGGAUGACAUUCAUACUGACAGAUGCAGGAUUCAUUCAACAUAACCAGUGAGGAUCAUAGACUCUUCUCAAUCCAAAGAUAUUGGUGUUUAACUCGGGAAAAAGAAAACCUUAUUACAUUUAAGUAUUUUAAUAACAGAAAUUUAAUCUUUCGGAAAAUGAAAGUAUCUAACUUCUCCCUAAUAAGUCUUUUUUCCUUUCAACUAAAUGAGCUACACUGGCUUUUAUUUUCUUGAUCAAAGAAGGUGUUUAUAAGAGAUUUCCUAAAAUACUAAGCUUUUACACUAUUUCUAGAGAUGGUGAAGUAAUUUUAAAUGGGAACAAGGCCCCACCCCAGCAAUGCUGCCUUAUGUGUCAUCCACGUCUUGGAAUGUCAAGAAAGCUUCCUUGUAAACCACACUUCCCCUCCCACCCCAGGAAUCCACCCCAGGACUCAUUAGGCAUUUAUUUUAUAAAUAGUCCAAAUUUAAGUUACUCGUGUAAUUUGACACAUUGAUCAAAUGUCAAAUUUUAAAAUUUAUUCAUCAUCUCAAGCUGAAAAUUAUUUGUGCUAUGAAAUGAAAAAAGAUCUAUUUAUUUUUUAAACAACCCCAGAAUAUCGUGUGUACUUCUGUUGUGCUCUGAUGAAUGUUUACUUACCCUACAAGCACAAAUACUGAAUUGGAACCAUGUGAUGAAGUUCUGUGUGUUGUACUUAGCGUUGCAAACUAGUCAAUAAAUUUUUGUUGCCAAA